GACGCGGGUACACAGAGAGACCCGGCUCCCGUCGGAGGCCGAGGCGUCGCGGCGGUCGCCCCCUCGGCGUCCUCGCAGGCCGGGCGCGGACCGGCCGCGUCGCCGCCGGGCUUGUCGCCAUGAGUCAGAGGCAGGUGUUGCAAGUGUUCGAGCAGUACCAGAAAGCCCGGAUCCAGUUCGUGCAGAUGGUGGCGGAGCUGGCGACCAGACCCCAAAACAUCGAGACCCUGCAGAACGCGGGUGUAAUGUCUUUGCUGAGGCCUCUUCUUCUGGAUGUGGUCCCAACAAUUCAACAGACUGCUGCAUUGGCUCUUGGGAGACUGGCGAAUUAUAAUGGUGACCUAGCAGAAGCAGUCGUGAAGGGCGACAUUCUUCCACAGCUUGUUUAUUCAUUGGCAGAACAGAAUCGUUUUUACAAGAAAGCAGCCGCCUUUGUGCUACGAGCAGUGGGGAAGCAUUCUCCUCAACUAGCUCAGGCGAUCGUGGAUUGCGGAGCCCUGGAUACACUGGUGAUAUGCCUGGAAGAUUUUGACCCUGGAGUCAAGGAAGCUGCAGCCUGGGCACUGGGUUACAUCGCAAGACAUAAUGCAGAACUGUCACAAGCUGUGGUGGACGCGGGAGCAGUUCCUCUGUUAGUCCUCUGUAUCCAGGAGCCAGAAAUUGCUUUGAAAAGGAUUGCUGCUUCGGCCCUCAGUGAUAUUUCAAAGCAUUCUCCAGAGUUAGCACAGACCGUAGUGGACGUGGGGGCCAUCGCUCACUUAGCCCAGAUGAUCCUGAACCCCGAUUCCAAAUUAAAGCGUCAGGUCCUUUCGGCUCUCAGUCAGAUUGCGAAGCACUCCGUGGACCUGGCAGAAAUGGUGGUUGAGGCAGAGAUUUUCCCAGUUGUACUCACCUGCCUGAAGGACAAAGAUGACUACGUGAAGAAAAAUGCUUCUACUUUAAUUAGAGAGAUUGCAAAACAUACACCGGAGGCUGUGCCCCAGUUGUCGGUCUGCCUGUCCGAAGAGCCAGAAGAUCACAUUAAGGCUGCGGCCGCCUGGGCCCUGGGACAGAUUGGGAGACAUACCCCGGAGCACGCGCGGGCCGUUGCCAUCACAAACACCCUGCCCGUACUGCUUUCGCUGUACAUGUCCACGGAGAGCUCAGAGGAUCUUCAGACAAAAAGUAAGAAAGCCAUAAAGAGUAUCCUACAAAAAUGCACCUAUUUACCGGCCCUUGAGCCGUUUCUGUAUGAUGCGCCCCCCAAUAUCCUGAAGCACGUGGUUGGACAGUUCAGUAAGGUACUGCCACAUGACAGCAAAGCUCGACGACUUUUCGUAACAAGUGGUGGACUGAAAAAGGUUCAAGAGAUAAAGGCAGGACCCGGCUCUCUGCUCCAAGAAUACAUCAACAGUAUUAACAGCUGUUACCCGGAGGAGAUAGUAAGGUAUUACUCCCCUGGAUAUUCUGAUGCACUUCUACAGAGAGUGGACAGCUACCAACCACUUGCCAAUUAAACAAAGUUCUGUUUUCGUACUCUAAUUCACCACAGGGCAUUAUGAACGGUAGCUGAUAACGUUCUUGCCAAAUAUUUGAACUGAGCGCAUUCUAGAUUUAUUCAGUGUGAAAUACCUUUGGAUAAUCUUUUCUAAAUUUAUGUAAAAAAAAAUUAGUGGCCUGAAUGAGGAAUGACUAUUGGUCACUUGCUUAGGACUUGCUCUAAGGGUGAACUGUAAAAAGACAUUAAAGGGCGCUAAGGCAUUUGUUAUUUUUCCAUUAACCAUCCCCAGCCCCUAAACACACAUACCUCCAACCAGAUAUAGGUGAAAAAUGAUGCUGAGAACUCUUAGUUAUCUUGGCCAGUUCCUCCCAGACACGGGCAAGGAAAGUGGCCUUGCAGAUUCCUCAGGAGGACAUUGAAGGGAGAUGUCAAAAGAGGAAACUGAUGACAGAAGUAGAAGGCACUUGAAGAGACUCUGAUGCUCUUUACCUAAAUGCAUUAACCAAACACUUGGAAUCUAUGGAUAACCUGUCAGGUUUUCUUAACAACUUAGGAAGCUCUCCUCCUCUUGAUGCCAAAUUUUCUAAGCUCUUUUUUCGCCUCACUGAAACAGUUCCUUUACCUUUCAUGGGGCUGGAGGAAGUCCGUAUUAAGCAUUAUUCCACUGCAGACAUGUUUCCCAUUUCAUUGAAGGGUUUCUGAGUCCAGCCCUGCUCGUGAAUAAACAAGGAAGCAGGCAAGUAAAAUGGGUCCUUAGUAUACCCUGUCCUAGCUUCACUUUCCCCCCAAGUUUUAAAAAUCACAUUUCCAGGGAUUUAAGAAAUAGUUUAAAAAGAAUACCUCCAGGCUUGGACUUUGCAUGCAUUUUCACUUAGGGAGCUGAAAGGGGGUGACAGGGGGUUUCAAUAAAAUUUUAAACAAAAACA